GGCGCGUGUCAGCAUGGUUAUAAAAAAAACGGUGACCAAAUUCUGGUGAAAAUAAAAAAACUUUCAGUUAGUAAGUGUUUGCUUGACGAUCAACAAGGAUCAUCAUCGUUUUUUCUCUCUGUUUUUUGUCAUCAAGAAUUUGAAUCUUUAAGCGAAAAAUUUUUAUCUCUUUGUUAUAAAAUUUUGAUAAAUUUUUUCAAAUCCAGCUGUUGAGUUUUGUACAUAAACAUUAUUUUGUACGACUAAACUUGCUUUAUUUAAAUCAACCAUCUGUAGAUUAUUUGAACUAAAAAAAACUUCAGUUUCAUUUUUGAUUUAGUUCCGGUACAAUAUAUUCUAUAAUAAAUACGAGGACUUGAAGGAUUCAUAUUGUGAGAAUUUGAAAGUGUGUUUUGAAUUAAAAAUUCUUGUGAAAUUUUCUUAUUCUUUUCAUUGUCGAACAUCUUUUAUUUUGGAUUCAAAUCUGAAAAAAAACAAGAGAGAAAAAUUUUGAAGUUCAUCUGCCAUUCACAAACAUACAUAAGUAAUCAUCCAAUUCUAUAAGUAGAAAAAUUUACAUAUCAAUUCUGUGAGUGGACAAAACAAAUUUGUUGGAUUAAAAUAAUAAUACUCAUUUGAAAUUACAUCGCUCAUUGUCAUCAUCAGUCAUGUUUUACAUAUCAAUAGUGAUGGAAUUUUUUUCUCAAUAAUCAAAUAAUCUUUUUAUCAGAUAAUAAUGGUGAUGACAACAAUAGAAGAAAAUCCUUUGAAUUGUUUGAAAUUGUCAAUGUCCAAAACAAAUGAUUUAAAGUCAUUACAACAAGAUUAUUAUCGUUCGAAUCAUCAUCAUCGGAUAACAUUGUCGCCAAAGUCGAUAAUAACCGUAUCAAUAAUUAUAAGAAUGACUUGGAUUUUAUUGAUGGUCUUCAUGGCAAUGACAUGGCCACUUUCAUCAUUGGCACAUUCACCACCAAUACCAUCAUCUCAUACAUCAUCAUUACCAAUGACAUUCUCUAAUGCUGCUCUCAGACAACGGCUAUUAUUUGGAUCGUCAAACAAACAACAAUCCGAUCCAUUCAGCAAUAAUGAUUUCAAUUAUUAUCAUUCAUCAUUGCAACGAAACAAAAAUAAUCUUGGAAUCAAGAAUAAUCGUCUGGAUAAACUUCGUCAUUUGUUAGCCAAAGCAAAAGCAGAAGCGUCAUUGUCAUUGUAUUCUCCGUCACAUAGUAUGAGUAUCAAUCCAUUGAGAUAUUUUUAUCAACAUCAACAACAACAGAAUAAGGGCUCAAAAGAACCAACAUGUGAAGAACUGCGUUUCUUAUGGUCCAUUAAACAAUUGGUAUUACUCGAUGAAUUAUCCAACAACAAUUAUUUUCGUGACAAAAACAAAGUUACAUCUACAAUAAAUGUGAAUAAUAAUAAUGAUAUUUCAACUGAAAGAGAAAUUGAGGAUGAUACUAAUGUUGGUAUCAUCGAUAAUGAAGAUGAUAAUGAUCAAGAAAUAUUACGUAAAAUGUUGGUUGACAUACCAAAAGAGAAACAAGUUUAUAUUACCAAAAUUGAACCAUCAAAUAGUAAGGAACAUGAUGAUAGUGGAGUUGGACAAAUAAAAUCAUUGACAGAGACGACGACAAUGACAUCGGAAAUUAUCGAUGAUAAAAAUUCCAAUGUUGUCAAUCAAAAUAAACCGCUGGAAACAACAGAAGCGGAAACCGUUUCACCAUUUGGUAUCGUACAUAAUAGUCCUAGUUCGGCACGUCGUGGUUCACAAUCACAAUUACAGCCAGCAGCUGAAACGGUUGGAUUUUUUGGUGAAUUUUUCGAAGAUUUUUUUCCUCUACCAAAUCGUACAAAUCUUGUAAAAAGUCAACGCUUAAAUCGACAACAGUUACGCGAUCGUUAUCUAAAUGGCUAUAAUCUUCGUAAUGGAAAACAAGGACUGAAAAUUUCAUCACCAUCAAGAUAUGGUAAUGAGGAAUCAUAUAAUGGCGGCAUCGGGCAACAACGAUCAAAAAAUCAAAAUCGAUUAAAACAGAAUGCUGAAUCAAUGUUAUUGUCAUUGCCUUCAUCCUCUAUCUCUUCAUCAUUAUCAUCAUCAUCAUCAUCAUCAUUGCCAUCAUCGUCAAGAAUGUUGUUACCCGGAUUUUGGCAUGAAAAGCCUGUAAAACCAUCGGUAAAUCUAAUUAAUUGACGUCAUUCUGAAUAAUGAUUGCUGUAGUACGAUUAUCAUCGUAUUUAUUCUACAUUUAAAUGUGACAACUGGUUCAUAAAAAAGUCUGAUUUUUCGGUUUCCUCAUUUGUAUCUAGUUUUCAACCACAAUUUCAAUUCGAAAACAAUCAUACACCGAUGAACUUGAUUUCAUCAAAUCAACCUAUUGACACACCUACUCAUUUUUAAUUGACAACUUAGUUAUAAAUCAAACAUACUUUUUUGCCAUUUUGCUUCGAGACAUUGAUAAAUAAAUGAAAACAAAACUAAUCUGAUAAUGAUAAUUUUAUUUACCAAUGCACACACACACACACAAUUUCAUACAAACACAUAUAUACUUAAUCAUAUAAUUAAAGAAAAGUUCCUCAUUCAUUCAAUUCAUACAUUCAUUACAUCAAAUAUUUAUCCAAUUCAAUGAGAAAAAGUUCAACCAACUGAAUAUCAGAAAAAAUCCCAGUUGAAAAAUAUCAUCAUUAUUAAUAAUGACAAUUCAUAAUCAUAAAGAUGUUCUUUUAUCACCAUCAUCAUCAUUAUAAUUUCAUAUUUCAUAUAUAAAUAGCUAAUGGUGUUACGUUUUGAUCAUGCAUCUUAUUACUCAUCAAUUCAUCCAUUUAAAACUCACACACCUAUCUACAUAUCACUCCUACCUAUGAUGGAACACAAAUGAAUCGAUUGAGAUUGCAGUUACGAAAUUCAGCUUUCUUGGCUGUACUCACACACACACACACACACACACACACACACACACACUUACAAUACCAGAACCGGCAUUGUUUUCGAUGUAAAAUCAUUCUUUUUCUCUUUAUUGUUUGAUAUAUGUGUUAUGUAUAGCACCGAACAGCACUUUGAUGAAGAUUGUUAGGCGGUUGUGAUAAUUGUGGAUGUUAACCACGUUUCCGAUCGAAUGUUUCAUGCAUACUACAGAAACACAAAAGCUUUUCGUUUUCACGUUAUUAAAAUGAGGAGAUUUUAUUUGAUGAAUAAAAACGAUAAUAAAGCAGAAUACAAACUAAAUCAUAACUAAUACAAGGAUAUAGGUAAACGGAAAUGAUGAUGAUAGAGGGAAAUGGACAUUGAUUGGCCUAACAACUUCAAUACGUUCAAUACCAAGACUUGAUUGGUUUUGAUUGAUGGAAAAACAGUCGUAUAAAAAAACUUUUAGAGACCGUGAUCUGUGUUGGCAGUUGAAUGAGGUCCAUCAUUUAUACUUGUUGAUGGCCAAGGAUCUAAGCUUUUACCGCCAAAAUUGUUACCGGUGGUUGGUUGAUCAUCCGCUCACUACUUUGGUCUUUUGUAGUCCCAGUCGAUUGUUGUGGUCAUAAGAUUCCGCGCUUGUGAUUGGCCGAUCCUUUGUAUACCACUUUUUGGUUCGCGUGAUGAGCUUCGAUCUUGUCUUUCUCGAGGGCCGAUGCGAUGACUGGCCUGGUUUGCUCAACUUGUUACUGGACCAGAGGCUAAAAGUCAGAAUGGCAACCGUGUGCUGAGUCAACAUUUCCUAUGGACAACCAGAAACGGAAAACCAACGGUUUUCCGAGGUUUAAACAAUUUAGAAAACACACACCUCUUUUCAUAUAUAAUAUGUUCAAGCCAAACUUUAUUCUUUUUUUGCCAUAUUCUUU